AUGGCAUCUCUAUCCUCGCCCCCGAACACUGGGGCCUCCGCUCCGCAGAGCGUGGAGAAGAUCACUCGUCUUGCUCAAGAUUACAAAUUCAACCCUUCGGUUCCUCUGCGUUACUGGCUGAGGACCGCUGCUACGCUCGUUCGCGAGGCACGUAUUUACCUGCGCGAAGGACACGAUGAACAGGCGUACCUACUCCUAUUCCGACAUGCCCAAUUGGUGCUCGUACAUUUGGCCGGCCACCCAGACUUGAAGGACGGGAAGGAUGUGAGAGAAGAGCGGAAAACUUUGGUAACUGCUGAAAAGGAGGUCAAGGAGAAUUUGGAGAUACUGGAAAAACUGAAACCGAGAAUCAACAAGCGGUAUGAGCGGUAUACGCAAUUGAUGCGUGAGCGGCAAUCCCGCGUGUCGUCGUCCGCUGCAGUGAGCCCCGCUGCAUCAAGUCAGCAGAUACAACCUCCGGACCCUGCCCUCUCGGGCGUCACUGAACCUUUAGAAGCUGGGAAAGAUAGUGAUCUGGCUGUCAAACUGGCACGAACUGAGAUCAGUCGAAGGGCAACAGCCAGGAACGCCAUACGCCAACUGAGCGGUGGGGACGAGUCGAGCCGACGCGCCGCAGGCAUAUGGGGAGAUUGGGAAGAAGCUCUGCAGCGAAAUGAAGGCAAAGAGCCAGACGAUCUGAGCCGGCGCAUCCAAGAAGUGCGUCUCAACCUAGAAGCUCGACCGCAGACAGAUGGUCGGAAAGCCAAGUCUGGAACGCGGCCGUUGACUGAGAUCUCGUCUACAUCCACCUACAAAUACCCGACUGUUCCCCGACAAAAACCUCUUGAUAUCCUGCCUUCUGCGUUAGAGAAGCCGCGCGCUGAACCCCGCAAGCUCACGAAACCGCCGCCGGCACUUCCUCCGAAAGAGGGUUUCCAGAUUAUCCAACCGAGCGAUCUAGAUGGAGUACCGCCUCGCCCAGACAAAGUACCGCAGGAAAUCUUGUCAGAAGCUGCACCAACAGUACCUACAAAAGUGGCUCCGGAUGAUAAACGUAAGGGCUUAGACCCCGCCAGUUUCACAUUCAAACCAUCCGCUUACCUUGAGAACGGCACUCCGCUCCGCACUGUCUUUCUCCCACCGCAACUACGAUCGCAUUUCCUUUCUCUCGCUGCAUCCAACACUCGCAAAAACUUGGAAACGUGUGGCAUCCUUUGUGGCACACUGAUAUCCAACGCUCUUUUCAUUUCUCGCCUCCUUAUCCCUGAACAAAUAUCCACGUCAGAUACCUGCGAGACAGUGAAUGAGUCCGCAAUAUUUGACUACUGCGACUCUGAAGAUCUAAUGGUGCUUGGCUGGAUCCAUACGCACCCCACCCAAACCUGCUUCAUGAGCUCACGGGACCUACACACGCAUUGCGGCUACCAGGUUAUGCUGCCGGAGAGUAUUGCGAUUGUUUGUGCGCCGAGUCAAACCCCCAACUGGGGUGUUUUCCGCUUGACAGACCCGCCGGGGCUCAAAUCUGUCCUGGGUUGUACUCAGACGGGGUUGUUUCAUCCACACGCCGAGACCAACCUCUACACAGAUGCCUUGCGCCCCGGACACGUAUUUGAGGCCAAUGGGCUAGAGUUUGAGACGGUCGACCAGCGGGUGAACCAGCUAUGA